AUGUCGGAAAGGCUAAGCCUGAAAUUAGGGUACGACGCGGUGAAAUGUCGUGAACGUGUACAGUUUGGCAAAUAUCGCUUCGUCAAACCUUCUGGAAACUUUGUAAUUCCCGACUUUACGUGUUGCAAAGGCUUGCAUGAAUCACAAGUAUUGGCAUCGACAUCCAAGACUUGCUUAGUAUCGUCUAUGCCCCAAAAGAAAGAAACUAUCUCGAAUAUCUCUGAUGACUUUGAUGACGAUGAAUUAUUGCGACUUGCUGAUGCAACCGAACUGGAAAAUUUUCCAACACCUACAUCAUCCAGUGCCUUCGUUGUUGAAAAUAGAGGACGUUUUGGCCAUGAAAGCGCUGUAUCAGCCAUUCCGGAUCCUCCACGAUAUGAUGAGAUGUAUCUCAAUGAUUCAUUCGAUGGUAAAGAAAUUGAGUUCCACGAUUCUCCAAAUGAUUUUUUUGAUGCUGAUAUGGAACCAGAUGAAAUAUUGCUGGUGACGAAUAAUGAAAGGCUAGUAACUUGUGACAGAAAUAUUGGCAGUGAACAACAAAGCUCUGUUGAAAUAGUAAUGCUUUCGCCAGAUUUCCCCCCUUUGAAGUCUGAGAUUACAUCACGCGCGCUACUUUAUAAUAAUGAUGUAUUCGAUGAUGAUAUGGUCGAUGAUAAUAUGGAGGUGGAAGCACAAGAAAGCAUUCAUCCUGCCUCUCAUAUGGCUGACGAAUUGGGCGAUGCACAUCUUUUGUCGUGUAAUCCGGAAAAACAAAGACACGAUAUGCAUGGUCAGUUUAGAGCCUUCCUGCAAGAUGACGGGGAUCAGUUCGAAGAUGAAAAUAAGCAUUUGGGACAGGAGUUGUGCAAUGAAAUGUAUCAUAUUUUGAAAAGCAAAUUUGGUUUCAAUCAAUUUCGCCACCGCCAGAAACAUGCUAUUAUUGCAGCUCUUCUUGGAUACGACUGUUUCAUCCUUAUGCCAACAGGAGCUGGAAAAAGUCUAUGUUAUCAGCUUCCUGCUGUUUUGUCAAAGGGUGUUACGGUUGUUAUCUCUCCUCUUAAGUCACUUAUCGAAGACCAGAAAAUGAAAAUGAAAGAGCUUGAGGUUUGUUGUUAUGCAUUGACGUCUGAGCUCAGUCAGGCUGAAUCUGAUCGAAUUUAUGGCAUGUUGAAUGAAAGCUCUCCAAAAAUAAAAUUACUUUAUGUGACUCCCGAAAAGAUAGCUGCUUCCGAGAAAUUGAAUAACGUCUUCUUUUCUUUACAUCGGAGGGGUUUGCUUACUCGGUUUGUUGUCGACGAAGCGCAUUGUGUUUCUCAGUGGGGUCAUGAUUUUCGACCUGAUUAUAGAAAACUGCAAUCUCUAAGAAGGAUGUUUACGGACCCAAUGGUGCCAAUAAUGGCUCUCACCGCUACAGCAACACCAAAAAUCGUAACUGACACCCGGGUGCAUUUGGCGAUUCAACAGAGCAAAUUAUUUAUAAGUAGUUUCGUGAGGACCAAUUUGAAGUAUGAUGUCAUCGCUAAAGGACCGCGUUCAUUAGUGAGGGUAAUGGAUCGCAUGAAAAUUUUGUAUCCGGGUAAAUCAGGAAUUAUUUAUUGCCUCUCAAGAAAAGAUUGUGAAUCGGUCUCAAAAAUGUUAGAAAAUCAGACUAUAUCUUCCGAGGUAUACCAUGCAGGAUUGAGUGAUAAGAAACGGCUUGAAGUACAAACGAAAUGGAUCAAUAAUCGAGUAGACGUCAUUUGUGCUACCAUUGCAUUUGGCAUGGGAAUCGAUAAACCAGAUGUUCGAUAUGUUAUCCAUUUUAGCAUGCCAAAAUCAAUCGAGGGAUACUACCAGGAGACCGGUCGAGCCGGACGCGAUGGCUUAAAUUCAUAUUGUGCAAUUCUUUAUAAUUAUAAUGAUUCAAUAAGAAUCAGAAAAAUGAUCGAAGGAGAGAAUAAUACACAAGGUGUACGAACGAUGCAUCUCAGUAGUGUGCUUCAAAUCGUAGCAUAUUGUGAAAAUGUUUCAAUUUGCCGGCGGAAAUUGCUAGUGGAACAUUUUGGCGAGGUUUAUGACGCAGAAGCUUGUCGUACAAGUGACUCUCCUUGUGAUAUUUGUGUCCAGCAAAUCAAAAACGCGAAUGGAUAUAAAGUUUACGAUAUGACCGAAGAGGCGAAACUUGUAGCCCAGAGUAUGCUACAUAUGCAUAAUGUUACUUUGAAGUAUCUCGCUGACUUAUAUCGUGGCCAUAUGGGACAAAAAAAAUUCGCAGAUACGGCUGUUCGGUUGGGUCAUACAAAAUAUGCAAUGUAUGGACGUGGUGUUGGGAUGCAAGAAAUGGACGCACUAAGAUUUGUCAGGAAACUGGUAAUUGAUGGCAUUAUCACGGAACAGCUUUAUAAUACGAAAUUUGAUACAACGGUUUCUUAUGCUGAAUUAACAGACCUAGGUCGGGAAUUAGCGAGUGGACGCAGCAGGAUGAAGGUCUAUCUUCACAUAUCAAAUCAGCCAGACAGUGGUCGACGUUCUAAUGGAAUGGAAGUAACAGCACUAAUGUCGAUAAAUAGUGUCAGUGAAGUAGAGGCUCUGAAGGAAAAACAUAUGGUGAAGCAUGCGGACUUGUUUAGCAAGUGUAAAGGAGAUCUUUUACGAUUAUUUUCUGACAUUGCAUCUGCAGAGGGUCUUAGCAAUCAUCAGCCUAUUAUUAAUUCCGAAGGUAUUGAACAAAUAGCAGCAUUAAUGCCUCGUACGUAUUCCGAUCUCUUGCAAAUUGAUAGCAUGACCGCGCGAAAGGCUGAACGAUAUGGGGCUCAGAUCAUGUGCAUGCUAAAGGAAUACUGGAAUGAAUUAGAUGCACGUGAGGAGAAUGAAAUCAAACGACAGUUGAAUCAUAUGAAUAUGAAUAAAGAUAUUGUCGGCGGUUUCAGGGACAUACAAAUAGAUGGUAUAAUUGUCCCAACUUCAGUAUCGAAUUCACAAAUAGUUUCUGGUCGCGGAAAAUAUAUGCCUUACUUCGGAACGCCAGCUCGUUCUGUUCAAAGCGGAAGUAGACGAGGCAAAGUUCGCAAGAGAGGAUUCAACGGAUCACAAACGUCUAAUUCGUCAAGAGGUUCAACUCGCUCUAGACAUGGGUGGAAGAAAACUAUGUCUCGUACAAUGAAGGCACCUAUAAAUCGAUCACUUUUUCCAAAUCUGUGA